AUGUGCAUCGGCCUCGACAGCGGCGCCAAACUUCUGCCCAGCGGAAUCCAUCGCCAACACAUCUCUCGACGUGAUAGCGACGCGAAGAUAGCCAGCCCACCCCAACCCACACGCAAACUCAAACGCAAAGCCUCCUUCGAAGAUCUGCGCAAACAAGCGGCUGCAGCUACUGCAUACCCUGUACUCCUCGUACUCCCCAAAUAA